AUGCGUCCACUGGGCCUGAGAGAUGCCUAUCUGCACCACCGUCUGGCGAACUCGUCUCGCGCUUCACGUCACCUCAUAGCAGAUACCGGCCUGGCCGGGGCUCCUCCCUAUUGUGGCUACUGUGCUGCUGCUGCUGCUGGUGAUGAUGAUGAUGAUGGUGAUAAUGAUGAUGAUGCUGGGACUGCAAGUGGUUAUGGCGCCAGGAUGGAGGAGGCCGGAAGCUGUGAGGAGGCGAAGUGGAGCAGUCUACGUCCUGACUUGUGA